CCUCCCAUACGGAAUUUAACCAUUUGACCGGGCCCUUAUCAACCGGAGUUACUGGUAGUCGUGAAACGUCCGAGAGAUCGCGAGAAUCGGGUCGAGGAAGAGGCGGACUGGCGGAGUGAGGAUUUGUUGUAUGUGCCGACACACACAGCUGAAAAGGCACACCAAGAAUACAGCUAAAGGAAACAGCAGAAUUUAGCCGAUCCGAGGUCGCAACUUCGAAUCCCCCUCUCGCCUCACGCUUUUCUCUCAGUCGCUAGUGUCACGGGUUCCUCGUCUCUCUUGAGCGGAAAGUAGAGUUGGAUUUCACAGGAGUGCAAACGUUUAAUGCGAUGAGAUGUGUGAUAGUGACUUUUACGGUCCGUAAGAGCGAAAUUUGGCCUGCGCGAUCUAUGGGAAUCUACAGGCUGGAUUGAUUUAAGAGUUUAAGAGGGAGAUUGUUUCGUUUGUCUCUGAUAUGUAGGAGAUGAAGGUGGAGUAUCCAUCGGCGGACUGUGUUGUGUACGGUGUGAAGAAGGCGCACGAACAGCAGAGGAAAGGCAUGGUGGGAACACCGCGGAACAGGUUGGCAUCGAGGCGGCCGCUAUGGGUUGUAGCGCUGAUAAUCCUGGUGUGCCUCUCCAUUCUGGGGGCCUACAUUUAUCCUCCCACAUUGCUUAAGGUGAAAGUGUGUCCUGCCUUCUGCGGUGGCGGCCGCUUUGAGGGCCUGUCGCGCACUCCGCCCUCUCCUCCUCCUCCUCCCAGAAUCUUCAGCGACCACGAAAUAGCAGCUCGUACUGUGGCGGCAGAUAUACUGAAGAUGCCUUCGAAUUCCAUCAAUGUGCCAAAAAUUGCAUUUAUGUUCCUCACCCCGGGUCCCCUGCCUUUCGAAAGGCUCUGGGAAGAAUUCUUCAGGGGGCACGAGGGCAAGUACUCAGUUUAUGUCCACGCCUCUAAGCGGAAUACACUGAAGACAGCGUGGAAGAGCCCGGUUUUUCUUAAUCGCGAUAUCACCAGCCAGAAGGUUGAUUGGGGAAAAAUUACCAUGGUUGAUGCUGAGAGGAGGCUUCUUAUGAAUGCACUACAAGAUGAGAACAAUCAACAUUUUGUCCUCCUCUCGGAAAGCUGUGUGCCCUUGCGUAGUUUUGACUUUGUGUACGAUUAUUUGAUAAGACACAAUGUCAGCUUUGUUGACUGCUUUGAUGAUCCGGGUCCCCAUGGAAGGGGCAGGUAUACAGUACCAUUUUUGCCGGAAAUAUAUAUCAAUGAAUGGAGAAAGGGGGCUCAGUGGUUCACGGUUAAAAGACAGCAUGCACUUCUUAUAGUGGCAGAUUUUGUCUACUACUCAAAAUUUAAGCAAUUUUGCAAGCCAGGUGCAGAGACACAUAAUUGCUAUCCUGAUGAGCAUUAUGUUCAGACCUUUCUCCAUAUGAUGGAUCCAUCUGGAAUCUCAAAUUGGUCCGUUACACAUGUGGAUUGGUCGGAAGGAAAAUGGCAUCCUAAAAAGUACUCUAGAGAUGAGAUCAACAUUAAGUUGCUGAAGAAUAUUCAGGAACUCGAUGAGAACAUUCACACCUCUAGUGAUGCAAAGAAACAAAUCAGCAGGCGUCCUUGCAUGGUGAAUGGGGAGCUGAGACCGUGCUAUUUAUUUGCAAGAAAAUUUAUGCCAGAUACUCUGGAUAUCUUGUUAGGAAUUUUCCCUAACAUCACAAAUACUUGACAUGCUUCGUGUGUACCAAAAUGUGCCCCUCAUAUUUAUAUGAAGGAAUUCUCAGUCUUUGAAGCAUGGGUGGGAGAAUCAAUCUCCCACCUUCUAUAAAGCCUUUUCUUUUGAGCUUUUGAUUUAUUGUAAAUUCUCUUUGUUUUUUAUGCAAGCGUUUCUUUGUAUAGGCUUCCUCUGUUCGGCAUCUUGUAGUAUUGUAGCUACAACAAAUAGCAAAAUUGAUAAUGAACAUUCGCUGAUUUCUAAGACCGGCAGCUCCUAGGGAAUUAGUAGUUCAGUCCCAUAUGGUAGUGUUAACAGUGUACAUCCAACUGAUUUCCUAGUGUGGGCAUCUCCUAAGCAAUUCUUUUUCGCUCCUGUUUUUUGCCAACUUAAUAUAUAUUUCGGAAAGCAAAAAGUAAUCCAACUAUUUAUAAGUUCAUUUGAAUAGUGGAAAAUAGCUUUUAUC